CAACUGCCGGUUCUCGGCAGUACUUUCCUCACGAUCUGACAGCGUGAGGAAAGUGCAGCCGAGAACCGGCACUUGCAUUUCCCUGUGAUCAGCGUGUCAUUGGACACCGCUGAUCACGUGGUAAAAGGCCGAGCAGGGACUGGCACCGAUCAUCAGGGCACUGAUGAUCAGUGCCACCCACCAGUUCCACCCACCUGUGCCCACCAAUGCAGUGCUGCCAGUCAGUGCCACCUAUCAGUGCUGUCUAUCAGUACCCAUCAGUGCCACCUCAUUAGUGCUGCCUAUCAGU